AUGAAGACGCCCAGAUUGUCCCUUUUUGUUCAACUCUGGCUGUUUCCAGGACACAUUUUGGCUACAAUCCUCUUUGAUUCUAUAAUGAACGAUGUAUUGAAGUUACAAGGAGAAGAGUUGGACAAAAUUGGCCGAUUUGACCUGGAAACGAGAGUUGGAGAUGCCAUUUCCAAAGCUUCUCAGUUACUUGGACUGGAUAACUUUGAAUCCAGCGAAUGUGAACCAGAUUUCUCACACUUUUGUCCCGAAGGAUGGGUUUAUUCCGGCGAUGGUGUUCACUGCAAGGCUGAUUUCGAGUAUGAAGGGCCAUGUGAAAGGGUGUUGGAUUUUUCAAAUAAAACUCCACUGGAUAAACUAGAAAUGUCAAAGACAUGCGGAUUCAGUUGGCCCUGUCGAGUCAAGGACUAUCCCGUUGAUGGAAAUAGUUUUUGUCCGCGGUUUUGGCGUUAUGAUGGUAAGAAUGCAUAG